AUGAAAUCAGCUGUUCAAUUUCUACCUAGCGCGAGUCGUUUGAACUCACCGCACCGCGGUCACGGCGCAGCGGCUCGGCGCCCCACCGCGCCGAUCGCCGCGCCGCGCGCCGUAGGUGAAGGUGUAGGUGAAGGUGAAGGUGAAGGCGAAGGUGAAUGUGAAGGUGAAGGCGAAUGUAAAGGUGAGGGUGAAAGUGAAGGUGAGAGUGGUAGUGAAAGUAACAGUGAAAGUGAAGGUGAAGGUGAAGGUGAAGGUGAAGGUGAAGGUGAAGGUGACUCUAAAAUGGAAUUUGAAUUUGAAUGUGAAUCAGCUGCCUGGCGUAACAUGGUCGACCAGGAUUUGGAUGAUGUCGCGUUUUUGGCGGACACGGACAAGGCUCGCGAAGCUCGUGAACUUCGCGACGCACCAGUGGCAGUAUGCUCUCAACGAAGAGCUCUCUGCCUCACUGUGGUCCUAUUCUCUGCAAUGUUCGCGACGGCUCUGAUCAUUGUGUACGCUUCACCGCAAUCUGACUGUCCGUGUGCGACGGACGUUACGUUGAUACCUGGACAGCCCCCUACGGAUUCUGAAGCUAGUCUUGCUGCUGCUAACAAGGAACGGAUAGCAAGCAACGGAGCGGUGUUCCCAUGGCGCGGCGCUCGACUGCCGACUUUCGUCAUACCGAAGCACUAUAGUCUGUGGUUACAUCCAAACUUGACCACUGGAGAAUUGAGAGGUGAAGUGUCAAUAGACUUCAAGGUGGACCGGGACACCACCUUCGUCGUGCUCAACGUUCGAGACAUGAAUGUUACAGAAAGAGCUCUCUUCAAAUCCGGAGGCUCCCUCGGACCUAAAGUCGCGAAGACAUUGGAGUACCCUCAAGCAGACCAGAGUUACAUUGAAUUUAAGGAGAAACUCCGUCGGAAGUUCAACUACACCCUGAGUCUCCGUUUCAUCACGAAAUUGGAGAGAAGUGACAAACAACGAGGAUUCUUCUUGACUGGGACUCAUAGACAUCGCUGCGCUGUAUCUAGAUUCUGGCUGACCCACGCUCGCUCUGCAUUCCCCUGUCUGGAUGAACCGCACUUCAGGGCUACUUUUAAGAUAACCAUCGUCAGAGACAGGUUCCACGUAUCUUUGACGAAUAUGCCGAUUGUGGCCACCGAGGAAGCUGGUUUCUAUUUGGGACAUCGACUGCUUCAAGAUGAAUUUGGCGUGACCCCUCCAAUGCCACCUCACAUGAUGUCUCUGGCUGUAUGUCGUCUCCAAAGACGAGCAGCUCCCGAACUACCAACAGAAGCGACUCCGAACAUUACCGAAGUUGCUACGAUGAUACCCGAAGCCACGUCGGAACCGCCCGAAGAAGAUUUGCCUCCAGAAAUCAGUUUGUAUAGCGAUCAACAAGUCAUUUUGGAUGAGUCUGGACCUUUACUAGAAUGGGUGCAAAAAACCAUCCAGCACUUUUCAUUUGAACUGAAUACCUCAUACCCGUUGCCCAAAUUCGAUAUCGUGGUAGUGGAAGGAAGCAACCCUUACUCGGAAGGUUGGGGUUUAAUCACCCUGGCACCAGCCACGCUAUCUGACACCAAGACCAUAGCUAGGUUACUGGCUCAACAGUGGUUCGGCGGCACAGUAUCACCACGCUGGUGGUCCUCUCAGUGGCUUCUAGAGGCCUUAACUUCAGUGCUGGCUGAGAAAGCCCCUGCCCCCCCUCACAGUGACGCUCAGAGGCCUGCUGAUGCGUUGCUCUUGGACCAUGUGCUACCGGCGCUUAGAGAUAGAGAUAGAGAUAGAGAUAGAGAUAGAGAUAGAGAUAGAGAUAGAGAUAGAGAUAGAGAUAGAGAUAGAGAUAGAGAUAGAGAUAGAGAUAGAGAUAGAGAUAGAGAUAGAGAUAGAGAUAGAGAUAGAGAUAGAGAUAGAGAUAGAGAUAGAGAUAGAGAUAGAGAUAGAGAUAGAGAUAGAGAUAGAGAUAGAGAUAGAGAUAGAGAUAGAGAUAGAGAUAGAGAUAGAGAUAGAGAUAGAGAUAGAGAUAGAGAUAGAGAUUUUUGUUUCACACCGGUUUUCUAUGAGGCCGUGGUAUCACUCCGAUUGGACUCCAGUAAUUCAGUGCGAGCAGUUGCCUCCCCUCGACUCGAGAGAGCUGACAUCGAGAGUGCUACCGAUGAACUAUCCUUACACAAGGGUGCAGCUAUAGUGAGUAUGGCGAUAGAAGCGGCGGGCGAGGCAGCGGGUCGCGCCGCGCUCGCGCGAUUGUUGCGCGACCAUCGCUUUGCAAGUGCCGAUGCAAGGGAUCUGUGGCGAGCGUUAGAGCGAGAUGGCUCUGAUGACGGUUUGGGAGGGGCAGCAUGGGACGGAUGGUGUGAAAGACCUGGAUAUCCGUUACUGUGCGCUACUUCUAUGGGGAACGAUGUACUUUUGAAGCAGGAGAGAUUCGUGAUGUCAGCUGAACCUCCAGAACCAGAUCCGCCGAUGGUGAACUAUUUAUUAACGUUGGACCUAAGAGCGGACCUUGAUGAACUCUUCUAUGAACCAGAUAACUUCACAGAUACAGAAGAUGAUAUUAACUCGACGACCACGACGACUCCUGUUCCAACCACACGUCGUACCACAGUCAAGACCACAAAAGCCCCUCCUCACAAAUGGAUUGUACCUGUGACAUUCGUCGUGGGCCCUCUGGAAGGCGAUGAAGAGGAAGCUAAUAUAACAGCGUGGAAAAAUGUUACUCAGAAUUAUCAUAAUGCUACUUGGUAUGAUGUAACAUCAAACAAUAAAACUAAGUCAUCGCGGUGGGCUGAGAACGUCACUCAUUUGAUAUGGAUGAAUGAUACUGAAAUGGUAAUACCAGAUUUGGGCAAGCACAAAUGGGUUCGAUACAAUGUUGGAGCGAGAGGCCUCUAUCGGGUAGCGCCGCAAGAUAGAACUGAUGGAGAGUCAGCAGAGGCAGCGGCGUCUCGUGCAGCGGAACUGUAUGCGAGCGGUGGGGCCGCCGAGCGUGCCUUGCUGCUGGACGACGCCUUCGUACUCAGCAGGGCGGGCAGGCUCCCCGCCAGCAGGGCUAUUGCUGCCGCCGCUCGACUUAGUUCAGAAACUCAUUGGGCUCCGUGGCGAGUGGUCCUGAAUCAUCUCUCCUGGUGGAGGGAACUCCUCACGCUGGCGAGUUCAGGUCCUCAUCUGAACAAACUCCUGAAGACUCUACAUCCAGCUAAAGUAGUGGUCUACUCCAAUGAACAGUUGCAAGGAGCUGGUCUAGGAGAAGAUCUACUUUGGUUAAGCGGUGCACUCCUGACUGCUGGAGUGGAAUGGGAGAACCCUGCUGUCACCAAGCAAGCUGUAGAACUGUUCGACGCUUGGCUGGAGACUAAUCAGACCAUACCUGAAAUUUACCAGGAGGCGGCUUUCACAGCGGGCGUACGUACGCACGGCGAGUCAGGCUGGGCCGCAUGCUGGCGCGCCCUCACCGCGUCCUCCGCCGCGCCGCGACCUCUCUACUCACACAGGGCGCUACUGGUGGCGCUAGCGUCGCCUAAGGACGACUGGCUGUUUUAUAGAUUCGCAUUUGCCACGUUAUCGAAUGAAGCGCAAAGGAGUCGAGAGUGGCGGCUUUGGAUAACUGCGCUGUGUUCAGCUACUUGCAGAUGGCGCGGCGCGGCGGGGGUAUGGCGCGUCCUGCGGCCGCAGGCGGUACUGCCGCCCGCCGCGCUGCAGGCCGCCGCGCGCUGCUUGUACCAGCCAUAUGAUUACUAUCGGUUCAAGGAGCUAUUCGGAGAUUAUCGAGGCGCCUCGACAGCGUUAGACACAAUAGCGCUAAACGCAGCGUGGGUUCUGAGAGCCGACAGCGAUCUGCUCCGAUACUUCACCUCAUUAACGCAACAUUAA